UAUAUAUAUAUAUAUAUAUUGCAUAUGAAGCUAGAAUUUGCGAAGACGUGUUCAUAUAUAUGGUCGGAUUUAGCCAAUACAGGUUGCACUAAACGUUUCCAGAUUUUACCAAGAAUCAUUACACACAUGUAUUGUAAACAAAUAGCAUGCAUAUAUUUGUUAUGAUCUUUUUAAAUGCAUAAAUGAGAAGCUUACAGGUUUGGUUGUAAGUGAAAAAAAUACUUAUUCAGGUAUGAAAUACAUUAAAACGGUUUGACAUAUCACAAACUUUAGCUACGGAUUUGAGUCUUUGCAAAUGUAUUAGAUUAUCUUAAAUCAAAAUCGACAUAAACAUAAGUUUGGGUUUGGGUCAAAAAAAAUGUAUGUGGUAAAGUUACUUAUAAGGAUUUUUGAGAAUUGGACCAAAAAAAUUGCAGUUGAAAAGCCAAGACAUUCACCGAAACGUCUUCAAAGCCAGGCUUAAUGAAAAUUUCAUAAAUGAAAUUAAACUGAUAUCAACUUAAAAUCGAUGGAACACGAAGUUAAUGUGAAAUAAGUUUCAAGACUGACAAUUUACAGUUUCAGCUAAUCUCUAACAUAUAUAUAGAUGUUCAUGCACUUUUCCCUCUUAUAACACCACAGAUAAACUAGAAGCAAUAAUGAAGACCUCCAAGAGCUCCGUUGUCUUCUUCCUAGUCGUUCUUUCCAUUUCUGUUAUCUCCUUAGCCAAGCACAGCCCUCUGGAAGCUUGCAUAAGAAGUAACAUUGCCCGGUCACUCUCUCCUCCUUCAAAAACAUCUAAUUUCGAGGUGUCAGACGAAUUGUGCAGAGAUGAGGCACGAGCCAUCAUGUACUACUUGAGACUUAACAAAGAGUUCCCACCAUACUACGUCCAGGCGUUGUGCAAUAUAUUUGGAGAUGAUGAAAAGAAAGUGAAGGUAUACGUUACUAAGACAUGGUUGAAUCAUUCCAAGAAGCUCUUCAAUAGCUUAACAUGCAUGAGAAGAACCACCCUGGUAACCAAGAUUAAGAGCCCUGUGGAAGAUUGCAUACGAAGAAAAAUUGCUCUAUCACUCUCUCCUUCGCCUUCCCACACAUCUCAUUUCGAUGUUAUGAAAGACCAGUUAUGCAGAGACGAGACACGCAUUAUUAUGUUCUUCUUGAAAAUGAACGGGAAGUUCCCAACUUACUAUGUUGAGGCUUUGUGCAAUAUAUUUGGAGGCGACGACAAGAAAGUGAAAAAUUACGUUGUGAUGAAAUGGUUGGAUCAUUCAGAGAAGCUCAUCAAUAGCUUAACUUGUGUUUCUUGAUAAAAGAUAAUAUAGUUUUGAUGGAUCAAAACAAUUCAAAAAAUUAAAUAGGAAAAAACAAUUAACUGCUUUUCUUCACUACAGUUUUAAAAACCGGAUUGAAUGAUGAACCAAUAAAACAUAUGACUCCGGGUCCAACAUUGUAUUAAAUGCUCAAAAACAAAAUACUGAUGAUCAAUGAUUUUUUUCAUUCCAUUAAUGUCUUCCAACUUAUUAUUUUCUAAAUCUAUUUUUUUUGUUAUGAAUAUUGUGAUGUCGAUUAUAGAAAUUCUUGUUCAUCAAGAUUUACUUGUACUUGGUUUCCAAGCUAAACCUUCAUAUUAUAUCUCUAUAUAAUGAGUUCAUUUUUCAUGGAAUAAAACACAUCAAUUCUUUUUCUUCUCUUCUUAUUUACAACAUGAUAUCAACACGAAGCUCUAGCGAUCUUGAGUUAAUAGAUAUAAACUUUUAUUCUUGAUAUAUUUUUAGUUUAUGUUCAAUUCUUCUUCAAAUCAUGCUUAUUAUCAAUUCAUGGUUUGUAAGAGUGGAUUCAUAAUUCAUACGCAUACUUAAUUGAUUGAGUUAAU